AUGGCGCAACUUCAGGCCUCAACAACACCCGAUUUGCUAUCAUUACCGCUCGAAUUGCGUUGCAAGAUCUACACAUACAUCUUCGAAGAUUCGCAAAUUUCUGUAGCAAUGUUCACUAGGCCGUUAUACUCGACUACAGGAGCCGCUGCCAUCCUUCGAGUUUGUCGCUCUCUCCGCGCUGAGGCAUUACCAAUCUGCUACAAUCUGGCGUCCUUCACGAUCGAGAGUGGAAAGAAGGAUCCUCUGCCAAUGAGACAGUUAUCUCGCUUCAGCAAGUCCGGCGCAUUCGACCCUGGAAUGAUUCAGAAGGUGCUAGUCACAAUGCCAAUGCCGAUCAUGUGGCACGCUGAGUCGCUACAUUCAGUGUUUACCAACCUCCGAUAUGUCACCUUUUCCAGCAGCUCCAAUGUCUUCGCUCAUCAUGGUCUGAAGUCCAGUACGACGGAGCUACUGGCAUCUGAGGAAACUCGCUGUGCGGAACUAGGCAACAUUGUUCAAUGCAUAUCGGAUCCCUCCACCAACUACACGUUUCCGAAACGCUUGAGUUGCGCAGAUCUGAACGAAUACGUCCGUCGCUACUACUUCGGUCCUGUCGGUCCAAGAAUGGCUCUCUGCGCCAAACUCAGACCUCACUUCACCAAUCUCAAAGAUCACUUCAAUAGGGCUGGACGGAGUUAUCUGAACAUCCGCAUCUUCCCUGCUACGUUCUGUCUUGAGGUCAAGCUGGGCGAGAACUGGGUUGCCGUGCCUCAAAAGGCGUGGGCACACAGCUUGAAGCAACUUCCCGAACAGCUUGAGCGCCGUAUGGCUCCGCUAUGUACCCACAAUCGAGAACUGCCGCGAUGA